AACACUGGCGGCCAAUCAGAUCGCAGCUGAGUGAUGUCAUGCAGCAGGCUGCCGUUUGGUGCUGAUGCUGCUGAGCUGAGCUGCAGAUCUUCGGUGUGAACCCAGAGACGGAGCCUCGCUGCAGGGAACAGCCUCUACCUCACCACAGUGUCUUUGAGAGGAACCAGCAGCAGCAGGAUGACGCUGGCAGCUUACAGAGAGAAGAUGCGAGAGCUCCCCCUGCUGUCUCUCUUCUGCUCCUGCAUCCGUCCUCAAACCAGAGAAGAGGCCGACAACAAGGAAGCCGGCAUGGUGGAUUUAAAUCUGUGCAGCAUCAGAGACAUGGAGGUGAUUGAGCUGAGCAAGCGGGCGAGCGGCCAGGCCUUCGAGGUCAUCCUGAAGCCGCCCACCUUCGACGGGGGCCCCGAGCUGAGGGCCACCACGCCGCCUCGACCAAAGCCAUCACUGGAGGAGAUCCAGAAGAAACUGAACGCUGCUCAGGAGAGGAGGAAGUGGCAGGAAGCGGAACUGCUCAAACACUUGGCCGAGAGGAGGGAGCACGAGAGGGAAGUUGCACAGAAAGCUUUGACCAAAGAGCGUCAGACGCAUCGCGCCGACGCUCACAAAGAGCAGCAACAGAUGCACCUGAACGCCUCACAGGAGGACAAGCACAGUGUCGAGGUGUCCUGAGGCCUGAUCACAACACAAGCUGAACUUUAUUUCCAAGUUUGGAGCUGAAGGUUGAUGUGUCGGGAACCAGCACCAGUCCAGUUCGGAGACUUCAAAGGAUUGAACCCGAGGAUGCGGACGGUCACCGUCCUCAUCUUUAAAGUGUGAAACAGAAAGACGCUGCCGCCGCCAUUAGACGCUUCCCGGGAGCUUUACUGUGCUUUGAUCUCAUGCCGACAGUGCCAACGUUUGUGUGUGUGACUGUGCAUCGAGUUGUCCUCAAGUCUGAAAGGCUGUUCCCAGCCGAACCCCAGUGGACCGCCUCCACCAGCGAUCAGAGAGUCCAUGAACACACUGUAAAGCAGUGGCCAAGGCAACGUUUCAGACAAAGUCCUGGUCUGUGGUGGCAGCAACGCGCCUCUCUCUGCCAGAUGAUUCUGAGUCCGUCAACCCUCGAGAGACAAGGAUGCUCCAGGUCAGAGCACCGUCACCCGUCCGGACCCAGAACUAAUCCACCCCAAGGAGGAACCACGGCCCUGCUUUCAUCCUCUACUUUUACAUUCGGAUUGCUCUCAUGUUUCUGACUAUUGCACAUCAUUAGCAUGUUAGCAUGCUAGCAUUCCUCUAUGUGAGAAACAGCAUACGAUGUUAGUGAAUGGCUAACGUUAGCCCAUCGCUAAUCCUCAACCAUCUGCGAGCGUAUGUUACUGAUGAACAACUGAUAGUGGACUGUGUCAAGUGUUUACAGCUGCGGUGGGAGUUUCCACUAGGAGCCAGGGCCGACUCAGAGCAGGCCCAAAGCUCGGCGCUUAGGUUCCACACGAUGGAGGGAACGAUCCUAAUGUGGAGCAAUCAGGGUGUGAAGAUGAUGGCGACAAUGACAAUGUACAGAAAUCACAUUAUAUUUUAAAGUGAAGAAUAAACAGUCAAACUUA